AUGGUCAAAUUGGUGGAGGUGGAGGCGGGACGGCAGAGGGUGGGAGCAGCUCUUGGGCAUCGUUGUACCUUCAGAGGGUCUUUCUACCGCAAAUUUGGCAUGCCAUGGCAGUCUGCAAGGCAAUGUAAUUCGAAGCAUCACAAAUACCUACACAGACCACUUGUCAGAGAAAUAAGCGUUCUAAUCGAGCCCCGUGAAGAUGGUCCAGUGGACAUGUUGAUCACCUACGUAGUCGGUCGGUGCCUUUGGAAACCCGCCUAUGAUAUUCGCCUUUUUAACAGCGACGGAUCCAUGAAGGUAACUCUCUCUCUCUCUCUUGCUUCUUCUGCUGUC